GAACUUCUGAGCAAGCUCCGCAGUGGCUGCUGCCGGGCUCCUCGGGCUUCUUUCUCCGAGCGCAAGACUGGCUUCCCCACCUGGCGUUCCUGCGAGAGAUGAAGGAUUAAUCAGCCACUCGAUGGGGAUUAACAGUGGAGCACCUCUUUGUGUCGCCUUUCCACCUCUCUGUAGCAAGAAAAACAACUUCAGCACUUCUUCAAUAAUAAUUAUGAAACUGGUAUUAACUGAAUGGCAAUUAUGGAUUUUUAACUCUAACUCACAGUAAACCAGCAAGCCAUAUGUUGAAAUUCCUACCAAAUAGCUUUUCGUUCUUAAUGUCUCAUACUUAUACAAGAAGCUGCAAGAUACUUGUUUGUAUACAAGGAAUAUAAGCAUUACUUGCCUGGGGAACAGAAGCUGAAAGAGAAGACGCCCUGAGUUGUCCUUGGAGAUAUGGUAGUAUUAUUUAUAUAGAUAUAAUAAAUAUAUAUAUUUUUUAUGGUGAUGAAAAUGGCUCCUCAGAACGCUGACUCGGAAUCUAUGCAAGUUCAAGACCUACCUGUGGCACAGCUUGAGAAACCAGAAAACAAGGAGAAUGAAAGUAGAGAGGAGACCAUUAGUGAAGGAUCCAUAGACCGGAUACCGAUACGCCUCUGGGUGAUGCAUGGUGCAGUAAUGUUUGGCAGGGAAUUUUGUUACGCCAUGGAGACAGCUUUGGUAACACCCGUGUUGUUACAAAUCGGUCUUCCCGAACAGUACUACAGCCUCACUUGGUUCCUUAGCCCUAUCCUGGGCUUGAUCUUCACUCCGCUUAUAGGUUCGGCUAGUGACCGCUGCACACUGAGCUGGGGCCGCCGGCGGCCUUUUAUUCUUGCUCUCUGCAUUGGUGUCCUCUUUGGAGUUGCACUUUUCCUUAAUGGCUCUGUCAUAGGUCUGGCUAUCGGCGAUGUCCCAGACAAGCAGCCCAUUGGUAUCGUUCUCACGGUGCUUGGUGUUGUGGUGUUGGAUUUUUGUGCUGAUGCAACAGAAGGGCCAAUUCGGGCCUACUUGUUGGAUGUGGUGGACAGUGAGGAACAAGAUAUGGCCCUUAACAUCCAUGCCUUUUCAGCUGGUCUUGGUGGAGCAAUCGGUUACAUGUUAGGAGGGCUGGACUGGACACAGACCUUCUUGGGUAGUAUUUUUAAAUCUCAAGAGCAAGUCCUUUUCUUCUUUGCAGCCAUUAUUUUCUCCGUCUCCGUUGCCCUCCACCUUUUUAGCAUUGAAGAAGAGCAAUAUAACCCUCAGCAGGACAGGAUUGAUGAUGAAGGAGACACGCUUUCUAGCGUGAAGUUCAGCGGUAGUCUCCCGCCCCUGAAUCGACUGAAUGUAAUUAGUGAGGAAGAUCCAUAUGGAGCCUCUAUGUUCCAUGAUGAGGUUCAAUCAGAGCAUGAUCUCAAUAUGGAGUUCCUCGAGGUGAACAUUGUAAGAAGUAAGAGUGACUCGGUUCUGCACAUGCCUGAUGCUACGUUGGAAAUUGAAUCAGAGCUGCUCUUUCUGCAUGACAUCGAACCCUCAAUUUUUCAGGAUGCUUCGUACCCGAACACUCCCCACAACACCAGCCAAGAGAUCAUGAAGUCCAAACUCAACCGCCUGUCUGCUUUCCUCAGGGACAGUGAGAAAGAGGAGGAAAUGUUGCUUGAUAAUCACUUAAUUGAAGAUAAAAUCCCAAACGCAAAUGGCUCCCUACCAAAAGAGUUUCUCAAUGGACACGCUAGAAUCGGCAUGAAGCAAUCUAGUACUUCAAAUUCCAUGCGAAGGCGAAGGCACAUGUUCUAUCGUCAGCCAUCCUACACCUUCUCAUACUAUGGGAAAAUAGGCUCUCACCGCUAUCGUUUUCGUCGGGCCAACGCCAUCGUCUUGAUAAAGUCCUCACGCAGCAUGAAUGAUAUCUACGACAUGCAGAAGCGGCAGCGACAGAAGUACAGACACAGGAAUCAGAGUGGCACAACAAAUUCAAGCGGAGACACAGAGAGCGAAGAAGGGGAAACUGAAACCACUGUCCGACUCUUGUGGUUGUCAAUGCUAAAGAUGCCAAAGGAGCUGCUGAGACUGUGCGUUUGUCACCUCUUAACUUGGUUUUCAAUCAUUGCUGAAGCUGUGUUCUAUACAGAUUUCAUGGGCCAGGUCAUCUUUAAAGGCGAUCCAAAGGCCCCUUCUAAUUCAACUGAGUUACAUGCCUAUAAUGCUGGAGUUCAGAUGGGAUGCUGGGGACUGGUAAUUUAUGCUGCUACUGCUGCCGUUUGUUCAGCGUUAUUGCAGAAAUACUUGGACAACUAUGACCUUAGUAUAAAAGUCAUCUACAUCCUGGGGACACUGGGUUUUUCUCUUGGCACGGCGGUGAUGGCUAUGUUCCCCAACGUGUACGUCACCAUGAUAAUGAUCAGCACCAUGGGAAUAGUCUCCAUGAGUAUCUCCUACUGCCCCUACGCGCUUUUGGGACAAUAUCAUGAUAUUAAAGAGUAUAUUCACCAUAGCCCCGGGAACUCAAAGCGAGGAUUUGGCAUAGAUUGUGCUAUUCUGUCAUGUCAGGUUUACAUCUCCCAGAUCCUCGUGGCCUCCGCACUUGGUGGUGUGGUGGAUGCAGUUGGCACAGUCAGAGUCAUUCCCAUGGUGGCUUCGGUGGGAUCCUUCCUGGGUUUUUUGACAGCAACGUUCUUGGUGAUUUACCCCGAAGUCAAUGAAGAGCCAAAGGAAGAACAGAAAGGACUCGGCCCUCCAGAGACCACCGAGAGCAGGGGCACCAACGCCGAGAAGCCAACUGUUCUGAAGCUCACACGCAAAGGGGCUGCCACGCCGGGGCUGGAGAGCGAGUCCGCUGUGUGAGGCCGUCACUCUUCGUUCACACACAUUCCAGGGAGUGCAGGUGCAGGAUCAGGAAACCCCCCCCCCCCUUUUUCUUUUUCCCCAGGAAAACAAAUUAAGAUCUUCAGUACCUGUAGCUAAAAUUGCAGAAAAUUGCAGGCAGUUUCAUGCAAAAAUGUAAAUGAAAUUCUGUAGUCCCUAAUAUAGGUUUGAACAGGUAGCUCUGAUGCUAAUUGCUUUCUCUACAACUUAGAAAUGUCAUUUCUGAACACUUUUUUAUUAAGAAUGCAUUUAGAUUUCAAAUAAGUUUUAUUAAUCUGCAUGAGACUCACAGUGUAUACAAUUAGCAGUUAGAAAAAUUAAGUUUUCGGCUGUUUUUAAACUAACUGAAAGUGGAAGCUAAUAUCUUGACCUAUAGUCUCUUGCUAUUUUUGUCUGAACAUUUCAGAUUUCACUAGUACAGCACCUGAAUCAAAUGCUUAGACAUCCCGAUCAGUCUUUUUCAUCAGCCCGAUGAUAUUGGUCUGACAGCUACAAUUCUUUAACAUUUAUUUUCGACUUCAUAUUUUUGUUGGUGCAAUUGCUACAGAAAAGUUUUAUUUGCAAUCAUUUUCAAGACAAACAAAAGCAAUUGCUGCGGUUUCUAAGAAACUGCCGUGAAUUCUUUUAGUCAUACUGUUCAACAACUACUCCCGAGUCUACUGCUUGUCAGGAAUGGAUAGCGCUGGGUGCCUGACGUGAACCGUAGAUGGAAGUAGCAGCAACUGGGAAGGCGAUCAGCACUCGCAGGUAUUUCUAACGCGUGCUGCAUUUUGUGAAUGUCAUUGGAACACGCUGUGACAGUUUUUAGCUGGGAGUUUUGCGUGCUGGUGAACUUUGGGGUUUUCUCGGCAUCUGAAGCCGAUCGUCUCUGGAUGAAGCGGUCGCGGAGAAGGGCGUCUCCGGGGCCAGCUUCCCAGAGCGGGGUGUGAGGAGUCUCUGUAGCGGGGAAAGGCAGUCGAUGAUUAAUUGCACUUUUUACAGGCCUUUAACCUUCCGGCUGGGAACGCAGCAGCCGAGGUAAAGGCGCAGUGUCAGUACAACAAGGUAAACCGAAGGCCUACCUCUGUAACUUUAUGGCAUGGUCUGAUUGUAUAAAAAUCUUUGUCAGAAAACAGUUUUUAGGCCUUAAAAUUCAAUCCACGAGCAUGUGUUGCUGUCCCUGUCCCUGCGUUGGAGGAAUUGUAGGCUUAAGCUCUCCUGAGCUGCGCUACCAGUUUCGUCAGCGCAACCUCCGUACCCCUUUCCUUGAUUCGGGACGCAGCUGCCGUGCAAAGACAUUUUCUAUGAAGAGCUUAAGAGAGUGAUACUAUCCUGAUUUAAAAUAUUAUUGGGAUCGCUAGCAGUGCCCCAGUCCAUGGGUAGACAAAGCUCAGAGAGAUCCAGCAGCGAGUUAAAGCAACUUUAGAAACCGAACUUCCAGUUGUUGUCUCAGAAGUGUUUGUGAUGCUAUUUACCCAUUUGCGCAUGGACCUACCGGCUGCAGUCAAUCCAUGUGUUACACAGACAAAUCACAGCUCACUGCAAGGUUUCUGCUGCCUCAGACUUCUUAUACUACAGUACUUUAAAGUGCAUGUGUAAAUCAUGCUGCAAUAUAUUCAUUCAAAAGAAAAAAAUAUAUAUUUCAAAAUGAAAAGCAGUUUUUAAUAAAUUACUUGAAUUGUCAAUGUAUUUAAGAAAUAUGUAUGUUUUGGUAUGUUUGAAGUUAACGCGCAGUCUUGGCCGACGUCAUUGAUGAAUUCCUGGUGGCGUACGCGUGUUCCUAAGCCGAAGGCUUUCAGCCAGUACUGAAGUCCUAUGCUGUCAAGGGUGGCGAUGUUGUUUUUAGGCUGGUGAAAUUUCGGAGCGCUAAAGUGCAUGUAAUCGCACAGGACUUUUUUUUUUUUUUUUUUUUGGUCAAGUGACU